AUGCAGUUCUCUACUCUUCUCGUUGCUGCCGGCGCUGCCGUUGCCGCUGCUCAGAGCACCUCUACUCUGACGGCCACGACCACCAUGACCUACACCAUCACCCAGUGCCCCGAGACGGUCACCAACUGCCCGUACCGCACCCCGGCCGCCAGCUCCUCGACCUCCGCGCCCGUUGAGAUCACCACCUCUGCUGUCGAGACCUCCUCUGCUGCCCCUACCACCUACUCCCCCAUCUGGACCGUCUCCAACUCGACCUCUGCCACUGCUGUCGGCACCAACCCCAUUGGCACCGGCGUUCCCACCACCAUUGUCCAGAUUCCCUCUGGCACUGGUGCUCAGCCUACCGGCCCUGCUGGCAACGUCCCCUCCGGUCCCUCUGGCCCCUCUGGCACUGCUCCCCCUACCAUCCCCACCAGCGGUGCUGCCAAGCAGAUGGCUCAGUCUGGUGUCCUCGCCGUCGCCGUUGCCGCCGUCUUCGCCAUUGCUUUCUAA